UUCCGCGGAUUGCGAGCCGUCUUCUCUUCCCCUUUCGCCCACGCUGAGCGCUCGUUCGCUGGUUCUAAUGGCGAAUCCGUUCCAUGGAUCUGGUCCUCUUCGAUCGAGAGAGGGCCUCACCUCGAGGCCAGCCGCGGCCUCGGAUGACAUCCAGUUGCAGAUCGAUCCGAUACACGCGGAUUUGGACGAUCACAUCACUGGCCUCCGUGGAAAGAUCCGACAGCUGAAGGGCGUAGCCCAAGAGAUUGAAAAUGAAGCCAAGUUUCAGAAGGAUUUCAUAUCUCAGUUGCAAAUGACUCUCAUAAAAGCUCAGGCAGGGGUAAAGAACAACGUGAGGAGGAUUAACAAGAAAAUUAUCCAGCAGGGCUCAAACCAUGUUUUACAUGUUGUCCUGUUUGCUCUCUUCUGUUUUUUUCUAAUCUAUCUAUGGUCUAAAUUUUCCAAAAGAUGAGGGAAAAAGAUAUCAAAGAAGAAUCAGAAGCUUGUCAGAAUGGAUAACAUUUUUUACUCUAUUCUUGAUGAAUUUAUCACUUAGAACUAGAAUCACUAGAACAUUAAAAUCAUUCAGCCGCUCAGGAUACUCGAGCUUAAUGAUUUGCUGAUAUCGAAGAGAGCUUCUUUGUUUUGUGGGGAAUAUAUUUCUUCCUGAGAUGCUGAACCUUUCGGACUUGUGUAGAGACAUUAUAAUGCAGUACGGUGUGGAAAGUUUCUCAUCUUCAACAAGAAUGCAUAUUGGUUAUUUCUCAUAUCAUGGGCUCCUAAAUCCAUCUUUUUUUUGUA